CUUCACAAUCAACCUCGCUCGAAACCCCCCAACCCUUCACUCCAGCAUCGAAUUAUGGCACAUCCAUGCACCAUCCAGAAGUCGAAAUUUUUCUAUCCUAUCGGGCACAGAGCCGCAGUAUGCCUGACCGAGAGCUUGUCUCUCGAGCAAUCAGCGAACAUCCUUCUACUGAACUGUGGAGACCCAAGGGAUAUCCUCUUCACACUCCAUAUGGACGGCGGAAGGCCGAUCGACUUCACUUGCUGUGAGACUGAGCCUGCCGUGUUGGCUCGAAACAUCCUACUUUUCGCUUGUUUCACCGACGGAAAGAAGAAAGUUAACAGCGAAAAGAUCUUCCAAAUAUUCUAUCACUUUUACAUCGACCAAGAGUCGCUGGAUCGGUUACACGCUCAGUGCAGGAAGCUUGUCGAAGUGGCGGUGGACAUCGACAGCUGGAAUACAUCCAAGUUCGGCAAGUUCAUGAGGAUGUGCACCAAGGACACACUCGCCCAGCUCAAGCAGCAUUGGCAGCUAUACCUCGAUUACAAGGUCUCGAAGAAGGACCGCGUGAAAAUGUUCCAAACGAUUAUCGAGGGUACCCUGAGAUUUGCCCCGCACUCCUCUUCAUAUAUACGUUCUUCAGGGCCUUGCUGGGCGGAAGCAGAGACUCCAGCCACGGAGAUCAUCACACACUUCUGGAAAGACGGCGUCGCAUCGCAGGAUGCAAAUGUCAUUGCGAAGGCCACUCGCGUCAACCCAACCUUUGUUUUCACCGACGGCAUUGAUGACUUCUGCGUGCAUUAUGCAACUGAUCCUCUUGCCGGAUUCCACCAUGUAAUGGGGUGUUCAUCGAUCAAGGGAUCCAACCGACGCGAGACGACUGCCGAGCAUUUGGUUGCUGCGGCGAAGAAGCAAUUCCAUGACUGGGGGGUUUCAUUUCGAUCGGCAGUGAUUGCAGGUUCGGUCAAAAUCAGGUUCCACAUUGGUGGUGUCCUCGAGUUCUGCCAUGGGCUUCAUCACUGGCAGCUCACAGGUUCGAUUGAUUGCAGGGCAUACUCUGCACAAUGGAAGAGCAACUUGCUAAUACUCGAUGGAGGGGAGUACGACACACAAGGCGGCUCCCAUCAUGGGCCACCGUUCGACAUCAUUGAGACAUCCAAUUUGCUCGACCAGCUCGGCCUUCUGAAUAUCAUUACCGCUACGGCUCCUUUGCUACGCAGGUUGCCUUCCUCUACGAUUUACACCGAUAUGUUGGUAGCUAGCACCCAGGAGCCGACCAAGGCCUUCACCAGCCGCCUCUGCGGCGACAUCGGUACGUUUGGAGUACUUUUCGGUCUUGUUCCACAAACCUACGUUUCGGAAUUUUCCUCUAGUUUCAGCCUCCAUGAACUUUUAUUUGUCGAGAGGGAGCAUCGUAAAAGUCGGUUCUAUGAACGAUUGGGGUGGAGGUUUGCGGCAUUGGGGGAGCCAAGGGCUGUCAUGGAUGCAAACUCGUCAUCUCUGAUUCUGGGUCCGAAACAGUUCGCGAGGUUCAUCUAUAAGUUAUACUUGAAAAUGUUUGAGUUCGAGGAUUUGCGGACUCUACCCGAAGCUACUGACGAACGGGAAAGGAGAAUCAUACACUAUAAUAGAGAAAGUUUCGCCAAACUCCUUCGGCUGUUGAAGGCAGGCACACCUGAUACAGAUUGGAAGACGACGAUGGAGUCAUUUGAUGACCUUGUGCAAAGUGACAAGGUACUAAUCACUGGCAUGGAACACUAUCAGGACCUUUGCCAUCACCUUCAUCUGGCCCAAGUGUUCACCUUGCCGAUUCUCUAUUCAAAACCAACGGUGGCUUGCCGUAAUGUACUUCCACCAAGUGCUGGAAACGAAGGCCUCAUCUUCCAUGGCUGGAAGUGGGAGGAAAUACCGAAAUCCAUUUAUGUAGUAGUCGUGGUUCCACGGUACCUACUGAAGGAUUUAGCCAACAUCAGCAAAUGGGAAACGCCCAUCAUUCAGGCCGAGAUCUUCACGAGAGUCGGCUACAAUAUAUUUUCCUCAGUACACGCGGUCUUUGCGAAAAUAUCGAUAAUGGGGAAAGCUGCCAACGCCAGAAUCACACUUACAGACGACCCCGAAGGAUGGGCAGGAACCUCUCCGCUUGUCGCAAUUCUUCGAGUGCCUACCUGGAAAUUAUUGAUCAAUCCUGAAGAUAUUGUUAUACGCCUAAAGAGUGUACCCAAUUGUGGGGAGAUGGCUGGCUUUUUAGGGUAUGGCUCUGUCAUUUUCUCAGUCAAACUUUUCAGCCCGAUGCAUGUCAUGUUGUGCCGGAAUCUCCCUAAUUCAAAAGGACCGGUCGGCCUCGUGGAAGUCCCCUCCGUUUCGCCUCCAAUGCCGCGGGGUCCAAUUACACCGGUGAAGGUACUCAUGGAUAUCGGUGCAACUUUUGUGUUAAGUCUCACCAUCCGAGUGGACAUUGAAGAGGAAAAUGCAAAGCGAAGCCUUCUACGUGGCAUGGUGGUUACCGCUCGGCAAACUUUCCCCCACAUCAUGGAGGUCACGUCUUCCAAUGGGAGUUUCGUCAAGGAGGUGGUGUUUCCGUUCCCGGUCGAUGGCAGAAGUUUAAGGACCCACACAGACCGAAGGAAUGCGUACAUCGAGAUCGUCGUUACUCCGUUCAAACCUCUAAGAGAAGGCGCCGACUUCUCGAUGUACCAGCUCCCGGUAAUUACCAACGGCGACUCCCCGAACCCGACUUUAUGGAACAUCCAUUCUCUCCGUGGCCUCAACAAACUACCAAUCCUCAACACUAUCGGUCGCCUCUCCUGGGAAUGGUACGUCCCUCACUUUUCACUGCAAUUCUCAGAUCGGGAAUGGCUCAUCCGUGAGAGAUGCCGCCGUGGAAAGUGGGUGUCGGAAACGAAGGGUCCUCUGAUCGAUGUAAAAGACUCAUUGUUUUCAUUAUUCACCGGGCGUGUAGGCGCACAAGGUAACCGACCAGGAACGAAAGUUUUCGGCUUCGUAAAUGUGGAACACGGCGCAAUGUUUCCAGGAUUUGACUUCGUCAUUUUUGUGGCCGAUAUUCGGAUGGAUCUUGCAUCUCAUACGGCCGUCACUGAUGCCUGUGUGCUGUUUUUGACGUCCGAGGUUCCGGAGAAACUUCGGCGCGAUCUCCUGGUACUGGGAACGUACAAAUCAUCAGCGUUUUCGACAUUGAUGACGGUCGAAAUAUCUCCGGAAGAGAAAAGACUAUGGAGCCGACUUCUCCCAGCCUACGUCGAGCGCUGUCGGGAGUGGAAACACGAUCCCGCCACUUGCAAGUACCGUCGCGGAAAAGCCAGAUUUCAACUCGCGCCGGAGCCUUUCCCGGAGUCUUUACCGGGGGGGAACUCGUGGAAGACUCUCCUGGAUCUCGCAUCAGAGUCUUUUAUCUGCGAUUGCGGCCUAGGGAAGGAUCUACCGGAAACCUUCACCAACAACAGAGAGUUUCGGCCGUUUGCACCGUGGGUCACUCGCGUGGCGCUUUCGCCGCUGUUUGGAGUCUCGUAUAUGGAGCCUGUGGGAGUCGUCCACGGAGGUAAGGAUAUGGAUGAAAUUAUAGAGCUCUGUAACCUCAUCUGUUGGAACCCGGACUGCCACAAGGGGGAGCUGGACGGCGUGAAGCAGUUUAAGUGUCCGAAGUGUGGCGUGGCGACUUAUUGCUCGGCUGCCUGUCAGAGGAAACAUUAUAAGGUUCAUAAGAAGCUUUGUGAGAAUAAUAAGAGGUAUCCUUAUUAA